UCAGAUAAUAGUGGUCGGUAAAGCGUGAAAAGAAUAAGAAACAACUUUGAGCUAAAAUAACUUUAAUACUAUCACUUCAAACAGUUAAAAGAUCUUUAAAUGAACAGUUGGUGCAGUACGGUCAAAGCAGUGUACAGUAUGGCACGGCUUUUAGUGGUGGAUUCGUGGGGGAUAGUCGUGAACAUUAGUUAUUCCCCUUGAAAUGUUGUCUGCUACCGACAAGCGUUCAACGAUAUUGACGUGUGUAUAUGUAUAUAUAUGGAUGUCUUCACACUCCUUGAUAGUUUAGGAUUUGGAGCCAUAUACAAGAUGGGAUGCAUGUGUGGGAAGGAAAUAGUGAAUGUCAACAACAGAAGGUUUUAUGUGCGCUCAAGACUCGGGGAUGGCGGUUUUAGUGUGGUUGACCUUUUGGAAGAAGCAAGAACACGUCAACUGUUUGCGAUGAAAAGAAUCACAUGUCAUGGGAAGAUGGACGAGAGAAUCGCUAUGAGGGAAAUCGAAGUGAUGAGAGCAUUCAAACACAAGCAUCUUGUGCCACUGGAAGAAUACACAACGGUCACUAUUGGUCACCAUGAACAGUCGCAGGACGCAAUCACAGAGGUCAUGCUUGUUAUGCCGUAUUAUAAGAGAGGUACUAUACAAGAGCGUUUAGAUGCGCUGAACCGGAAAGGGGAAAGAAUGAAGGAAGAUGAUAUUUGGAGGCUGUUUUCUGGAAUCACAAAGGGCGUUAAAGAGAUGCAUGCUCACGACCCUUCAUAUGCACAUAGGGACAUAAAACCAGGCAAUGUUAUGAUUGAUGAUGAAGGUGAAGCCGUGUUAAUGGAUCUUGGAUCUGCAGCCCCUGCAAGGGUAGAAAUCAAAACCCGCUCAGAGGCACAAGCUUUGCAGGAUGAUGCUGCAGAACGUUGUUCAAUGUUGUACAGGCCGCCAGAGCUGUUUAACGUUGAACCAGGUACCAACAUUGAUGAACGCACAGAUAUUUGGUCUCUUGGUUGUUUGCUGUAUGCAAUGGCAUUUGGAGAGUCCCCUUUUGAAAAGGCUUAUCAGAGAGGAGACAGUAUAGCACUGGCAGUUUUGUCCCAGAAUAUCACAUUCCCUCAAAACAGUUUUUCUUGUGCGGUGGAGGAGUGUGUGCGGCUGUGCUUGGUAAUCAACCCAAUGGAAAGAGUGUUCAUUGAUAAAGUUAUCACAAAAAUAUUGCUUGUAACUGGGGAAGUGUGAGCUUGGUUUCUUUGGCUUUGUGCCAAGUGUGAUUAUAAUUCUUCUCCAGGAAACAAGUGUGGUCUUCAUGACUUUGGCUGCGUCAAGUGUGAUUACAUUCUUUGUCUUCAGUUAUCACUAACUGUUAAAUUGUCUUGGUUUUAUCAUUAUGCGUCACCAAGCUUUAUCAGGUUGGGGUCUGCGUGUUAUUUCAAAGGACCUUUUUUGGGGCUCACAACAAAUUCAGGAGGUUUGGGCUUUGGAAGUGGGAUUUUCAACUUUUUUCACUUUCAUUUAAUAUUUUAAAGAUGUAUUUUCUAUAUUGUUUGUGUACUGUAACUGCAAAAUAAGAAGGAAAUCAUCAAGUCAUUAAUAUGGCAGUAUUGAUUUGUUUGGGAAAGGUUCUAAUGAGCAUCACUUUACUUUAUGUAAUACAUCACUUCACUUCACUUCAUGUAAUACAUCACUUCACUUUACUUCAUGUAAUACAUCACUUCACUUCAUGUAAUACAUCACUUCACUCCAUGUAAUACAUCACUUUACUUCAUGUAAUACAUCACUUUACUUCAUGUAAUACAUCACUUUACUCCAUGUAAUACAUCACUUUACUUCAUGUAAUACAUCACUUCACUUCAUGUAAUACAUCACUUCACUUUACUCCAUGUAAUACAUCACUUUACUUCAUGUAAUACAUCACUUCACUUCACUCCAUGUAAUACAUCACUUUACUCCAUGUAAUACAUCACUUUACUCCAUGUAAUACAUCACUUCACUUCAUGUAAUACAUCACUUCACUUCACUCCAUGUAAUACAUCACUUUACUUCAUGUAAUACAUCACUUUACUUCAUGUAAUACAUCACUUUACUCCAUGUAACACAUCACUUUACUUCAUGUAAUACAUCACUUCACUCCAUGCAAUACAUCACUUUACUUCAUGUAAUACAUCACUUUACUUCAUGUAAAACAUCACUUUACUCCAUGUAAUACAUCACUUUACUUCAUGUAAAACAUCACUUUACUCCAUGUAAUACAUCACUUUACUUCAUGUAAUACAUCACUUUACUCCAUGUAAUACAUCACUUUACUUCAUGUAAUACAUCACUUCAUGGGACCAGUGAAUUCAUAAAUGUGAUAUAGCUAUUAAAAUAAAGAUCUAAUAAAUAGUAUCUCUUAAAUAAUCAUAAAUGUACUUGUCUUGUUACCCAGAUUUAUAUAUUUAAUAAUGUUUAUCAUUUGUUGUUUAACAGAAGUGCAAUAAAUUCUAAAACUUGA